CCCCCUACAGGACUGCCGCAACCAUCUUCUUCUUCUUCCGUUUUACUGUCUUCCAAUCCAAACGCCUAUAAAACUACCCACCCCCUCUCCCUCUCGCUCUCUCUCUCUCGCCAUCUUUUCGAAUUCGAAUCAUCGUGCUUCCCAGCGAUUGAAUCGACGGCUGUGAUUGACUGUUCCAAUUCAAAAAAGCACAAUGCCUCGCGCUUCUAAGAGAAAAGCACCUCCACCAACUUCGCCUUCCCUCGCGUCCUGCGACGUCGUUUCGAAGCGCGCCGCAACAGGUAAAGGCAGACCAAGAAAGGAUGUAGACAAAAUAGAUAGCCUCUUUGAAUCGUAUGCAAACCAGUCGUUAAACAUGAUUGACCCAACAGGAAUCGAGGCUCUUUGUUCGGACUUGAAAGUGGACCAUACCGAUGUUAGAAUACUGAUGCUUGCUUGGAAAAUGAGAGCUGCAAAGCAGGGCUACUUUUCAAAGGAUGAGUGGCAAAGAGGCUUGAAAGAUCUACAUGCUGACACUAUCCCUAAAUUAAAGAAAGCACUACCGGGAUUGGAGAAAGAGUUGACAACAGCGUCCAAAUUUGAAGAUUUCUAUGCUUUUGCAUUUCAAUACUGCUUGACAGAGGAAAGGCAAAAGAGUGUAGACAUUGAGACUGUGUGUGAAUUACUGAAUCUCGUACUGGGUCCUCGAUACCAGCUCCAGGUUGAUUUAUUGAUCAAGUAUUUGAAGGUCCAAACUGAGUACAGGGCACUAAAUAUGGAUCAGUGGAUGCAUUUUUACCGUUUUUGCAAUGAGAUAAGUUUUCCAGACCUUAAAAAUUAUGAUUCUGAUCAAGCAUGGCCGGUGAUUUUUGAUAACUUUGUUGAAUGGGUGAGAGACAAGCAAAGCUAAUUCCGGCAUCCUUACAUUCCCUUUUGUUAGAAUACACUGGUUACUUUAAAAGGGCUUGUCAAGAAUUCCACCAAUCGGUUCAACCAAACCAUUUGUGCUUGAGGGGUUUUGUUUUCGUUUCAAAUUUCAUUUGGGAGGUCGUUUGGAGAGAUGAGAAAUGCUACAGUUUUGUGAUGAGGAAAUUUUGCAAGAGUCUAAUUAUACAAAAAUGAGUUUGCAAUUUGUUUUUGGGAGGUCUGUUUUUCACCGGCCGAUUGGUCAAAACGUUGUGCUUGUAUUAUGUAAUUUGUGAUAUUCGAAACUAUAAUUACGGGAAGGGGAAUUUAAACUUGGGUGUUAGGAGGCGCACAUACUGCCCUCUGCGAU